AUUUAGGAGUUUUUACACCAUACCAGUUUCUGCUCACUGCAUGCACGCUUGCUGGCUGUACAAACAGUUCCCAGGUCACCUUGUUUACAGCACAGCUGCCACCGUCUCACGUAGAUGCCCCGGUCCUGACGGUUUUGGAUUCUAGAACAAUAUAUGUACAAUGGAAGGAACCAGUAGAAGUAAAUGGAAUCCUAGAUCGCUAUAUGAUAUAUAUUGCCAAGAAUGAGGAGAAUUUUACAGAGUGGAAUGUAAUCUAUAACAGGACAGAACUUUUUCUGGAUUUUACUAUUCAGCAGCUUUCCCCGGGUACUGAAUACCUCAUAAAACUAGCUGCUUGCACUGGAGGUGGAUGUUCAAUAAGCGAAGCUAGCACAGCUAAAACAGAUGAGAGUACACCAGAAGGUGUUCCUGCUCCAAAAGCCCAGUCAUAUUCAUCUGACUCCUUUAACAUCUCAUGGACUAAGCCCGAGUAUCCGAAUGGUAUUAUUACUAGCUAUGGAUUGUAUAUGGAUGGUGUUCUGAUGCAAAAUUCAUCACAGCGAAGUUGUUAUACUUACGGACUUGCUCCUUGGAGUUUGCAUUCCUUCAGAGUCCAGGCAUGUACUGCAAAAGGUUGUGCUCUGGGUCCACUGGUAGAAUCUCGGACCAUGGAAGCUUCCCCUGAAGGAACAGUUGAUGUAUUUGCUACUGUUGAUGGGUCCAAAGAAGUUCAAUUAAAAUGGCUUGCCCCAAAUAAACCUAAUGGAAAACUGGCCUACACAGUCCUUGUCACUGGUCUCUUCUACGCUGAUCAAG